AUGAUGGAACUGUAAGUAAAUCUUCUUUGUCGCAUGAUGAAUCUUAUGACUACAAUCUGGAAGAAAGCAAAAUAAUUGUUUCAUUGCCGGCAGUGAUUUGCUUAGUGUGUGGAAUGAUGCCAGAAAGACUAACAGAAAUGCUUAUGGAUACAUGGGCUCCAUUAGUAAUAUUAUGGAUUACUGCAUUGCCAUCGAUGUAUAUGGCUCCAAUGAAUCAUACCCAACUACUACCUAACAAAUCCAGUAGAGGACUAAAUGAGCUAAGUGAAGAGCAAAGAGUGUUGAACCGUUCAAAGAGAGGCUGGGUAUGGAAUCAAAUGUUUGUGCUUGAAGAGUUUUCUGGACCAGAACCUAUAUUGGUUGGCCGGCUACACACAGACCUGGAUCCUGGAAGCAGCAAUAUCAAGUACAUCCUGUCAGGAGAUGGAGCUGGGACUAUCUUUGUGAUCAAUGACAAGACAGGGGAUAUUCAUGCAAUGAAAAGACUUGACCGGGAAGAAAAAGCUGAGUACACACUAACAGCCCAAGCAGUUGACAGGGAUACAAACAAACCUCUGGAGCCUCCUUCUGAAUUCAUUAUUAAGGUCCAAGACAUCAAUGAUAACCCUCCAGAGUUUGUUGAUGGUCCAUAUCAUGCAACAGUUCCAGAAAUGUCCAUAGUAGGUACGUACGUGACUAAAGUGACUGCCACUGAUGCUGAUGAUCCUGUUUAUGGAAACAGUGCUAAGCUGGUGUACAGCAUUUUGGAGGGCCAACCAUACUUUUCAGUCGAACCACAUACAGCUAUUAUUAAAACUGCUCUUUCAAACAUGGACCGGGAAGCCAAAGAGGAAUACACUGUUGUCAUCCAAGCAAAAGAUAUGGGUGGGCACAUGGGUGGACUGUCUGGAACCACCACUGUGACAAUAACCCUGACUGAUGUCAAUGACAAUCCACCAAAGUUUGCACAGAGCUUAUAUCACUUCUCUGUCCUGGAAGACAUUGCUAUUGGUGAACCAGUAGGAAGGGUUAAAGCAAAUGACCUGGACACUGGUGAGAAUGCUAAGUCCUCCUAUGACAUUAUUGAAGGAGACGGAAUGAAUAUCUUUGAGAUCACUCCAGACUCCCAGACUCAGGAAGGCAUUAUUAGAUUGAGAAAGCCCCUGGACUUUGAGUUCAAAAGAUCCUAUACUCUGAAGCUAGAAGCAACUAAUGUACACAUUGAUCCACGUUUCAUCAGUGUGGGACCCUUCAAGGAUACAGCAACAGUAAAAAUUGUCGUAGAGGAUGCUGAUGAACCUCCAGUCUUUUCAUCACCAACCUACCUACUGGAAGUGCAUGAAAAUGCUGCUAUUAACUCUGUGAUUGGUCAGGUGACUGCCCAUGACCCUGAUGUAACUUCCAGCUCUAUCAGGUUUUCCAUUGAUCGGAACACUGACCUUGAGAGACAAUUCAACAUCAAUACUCAAGAUGGAAGAAUAACAUUGGCAACCCCAUUGGACAGAGAAACAAGCACAUGGCACAACAUAACUAUUGUAGCCACGGAAGACAGAAACCCCAGUCAAAUAUCUCGAGUGCCUGUUGCUAUCAAAGUUCUCGAUGUGAAUGACAACGCUCCCGAACUUGCAUCAGGGAAUGAAGCAUAUUUGUGUGAAAAUGGAAAAACUGGAAAAAUCAUUCAUACUAUGAGAGCCAUUGACAAAGAUGAUCCUAAAAGUGGACACUAUUUUGUUUACAAUCUUCCACCUGAAAUGGCCAACAAUCCCAAUUUUACAAUCGAGAAAAACCAAGAUAAUACUCUUAAUAUUUUGACAAAGCAUAAUGGAUUCAGCCGCCAGAAGCAAGAAGUCUAUUUUCUACCCAUCAUAAUCAGUGAUAGUGGAAAUCCUCCCAUGAGCAGCACCAGCACCCUCACCAUCAAAGUCUGUGGCUGCAGCAGUGAGGGCAUUGCCCAGUCCUGCAAUGCUGAAGCUUAUGUGCUCCCUAUUGGACUCAGCAUGGGAGCUUUGAUAGCAAUUCUAGCCUGCAUCAUCUUGCUGCUAGUCAUCGUGGUGCUAUUUGUAACAUUGAGGAGACAUAAAAAUGAACCUCUUAUUAUCAAAGAUGAUGAAGAUGUGAGAGAAAACAUAAUCCGUUAUGAUGAUGAAGGAGGUGGAGAGGAGGAUACAGAAGCAUUUGACAUUGCAACUUUGCAGAACCCUGAUGGAAUAAAUGGAUUUUUGCCCCGCAAGGAUAUUAAACCUGACCUACAAUUUAUGCCCAGACAAGGACUGGCACCUGUUCCCAAUGGCGUUGAUGUUGAUGAAUUUAUCAACGUAAGGCUCCAUGAAGCUGACAAUGAUCCCACAGCUCCUCCAUACGAUUCCAUUCAGAUUUAUGGAUAUGAGGGAAGAGGCUCCGUAGCUGGUUCUCUAAGUUCCUUGGAGUCUUCAACCUCAGACUCAGAUCAAAAUUUUGACUACCUCAGUGAAUGGGGGCCCCGUUUUAAAAGACUUGGGGAACUUUACUCAGUGGGUGAAAGUGACAAAGAAACUUGA